AUGUCAUCAAGUAACGCAGCAAGCCAGGCAGCAGCAUUGGCAGCAUUUAAAGCUAAAAAUGCCGAAACCAAUGAUUCUGAUAAUGACAUAUACAAGAAUAAUAAAUAUGCAAAGCGAACGUUGCAGGCUGACCCAAGGGGUAAUAUACCUCGAGAAUAUUCACAGCCUUACGUUUCCAAAGUUCCUUUAAAAAAACUUGAUGUAUCAGCAUCAAGACUAUCUCGUGGCGGAGAAUCGUCGCCUGCUACUCCGACAUCAAUUCUAACAGAUUCAGGAAUAUAUACCAGUCAUAGAGAUUCCCCUUAUGGGAGAUCUGAAUCGGUAUCUGCAUUCAAGAAUCCUGACAAUGAAUCUAUAGCAAAGAAAACAGACUAUUUUAAUGCAAAGGACGUUUCACAAGAUGUUAAAAAGAGACCAACGUUGAAGCAGAGUCAAACGGCACCUCUCACUGCAAUACAAGGUGUUAAGAAAUCAAUAGACUCUAAAACAAUCCAGAAUAUCAGAGCGAAUAAGGCAUUGUCUCCCAGUAUGCAACCAGAGGAAAUGAUCAAAAAUAUCAAAUCUUCAAUCAAUUCUAAGGCAAAAACGCUGGGGCCUGAAACAAGAGAGAGAAACCAAAGCGCAAUCAAUGAGAUCCGUGAGACCAUUAACCUGAAGAAAGUUUCAACGUAUCGCAAUAAAUCACCAAGUCCAGUAGAGCAAAACAGAAAUAGAAGUCAUAACUUGUCAGAUGAUGAGCCACCACGGGAACAACAAAUUGACGAUAAUGCUUCAUAUUCGUCAUCUGUAUCUACUACUCUGGGAUCAUCAUACUAUCCACAUCCGGAAACACCCAAAAUAGUUGUGAAUCAUGAACUUCCAGAAACUGCACCAAAUAUGUUGAAAAAUUCAAAAUCUAACAGCCAAACAUCAAUUGCGAAUCAAACAAUAGAAGAACUGAAGUCAGAAAAUGAAGACUCCUUUGAUGAAGAAGAUACUUCAAGGGAUGAUUCUCCUCGUCCUCAAAAGUAUGUCUCGCCCAUCUUACUGACCGAAUCUCUGAGUUCAUUUUCCAAAUCGUUUGACGGUGGUAGCAAAGAGAGUUUAUCACAGUCACCUUACAUCAGACGAGGUGCGAACAAGUCCAGCGACAGUAGUCUUAAUGUGAAUGAUGAAAGGAGCAAAGAAAAGCUUCGUAGGAAACCGCCUCCAGAUUUGGACAACGGAUCUCAUUUAAUGACUAUAAAGACCACACCAUGCUUGGAGUCGAACGAAAAUGUUUCUGAUACUUCAAUUGGAUGUUCAUCUAGCAGAUCACUGCUUAACAACUCUGAUUUUUUUGGUUUGUCAGGAGAUGAAAGCUCUUUUCUGUAUGUUCAGAAGGAAAAAGACCCAAGUACAGAAGGUGUCAUCAAUUCUUCCAUGUCCAAAUUCCCCCAAUUUCCAGAUAUUGCGGAAGCGAGACAUCAAAAGCAUUUAGAUCAUAAACCGAAGAUUUUCAAAAAGAAGUAUAAAUUAAAAGGAGGGAAUGAUGCCUUCGUGAAUCCGAUGGACCUGGACGUUGAAUCAGAACUGGACUGGAAACUAGAUUCAGAUGCUCAAGAAAGAAUUUCACGGCCAACGACUCCGGCUGCGCCGCAACAACAUGUUCAAUUGAAAACGACUAUGCGAACAUCAAGCAAGAGGAGCAAGAAAUUACAGUUUAAUGAGAACAAGCCUUGGAAGAAUCAUAGCGAACUCAAUUAUAUUACAGAGCAAGAAAGAAAAAGAUAUGAAGGUGUGUGGACUAGCAAUAAAGGUCUUUAUAUGCAUGCAGUAGUAACCAAGCUAGCCGGCGUAAGUUACGAUGAAACAAAGCCCUCGGACUUCACUGCUACUGAUAAUGAGAUGAUAUCUACAAAAGCGGCAAGGCUCUCAGCUAGCGUUAAAGGAGAAUCAUCGUAUUCAGAUAAUGCUCAGCAAUUUCAUGAUUUGGAGUCGGCAGACAUUGAUCAGUUGAUUCAUGGAGUAGUCGUGAAGAGACUUUGGAUGAGAAGUCGUCUUCCUAGAGAAACAUUGGAAACCAUUUGGAACCUCGUGGAUUUCAGAAAAGAUGGAACUUUAAAUAAGCAAGAAUUUUUGGUCGGCAUUUGGCUCGUCGAUCAAUCACUUUAUGGGAGGAAAUUACCUAAAAAAGUGGAUGAUGUAGUUUGGGAUAGCCUCGGAAAUAUUGGAAUUAAUGUUAUGAUUAAGAAAAAAGGUAGAAGAUGA